GUCUCUCGGCGGCAGCGGCGGCGGCGGCUCGCGCAGCUUGUUGGCUCGCUAUAUAAAGGGGAGAAGCAGGCGGACCGGACGGCUGGAGCUGCAGCCGGUGGCGGCAGCGGUGGCGCGGGGAGCGGCGACCGGUGUUGGUUUCCCUCCUCGGCGCCGGGUGGGGAGCGGGCAACGCCCCCUGGACCCCCGGAGGGUCGUGGCUUCUUUUUUUUAAGGCGGUUCGGUGGUUUUCGGCGGCGGGAGGAGUGCCCCCCUCCUCCUGGCUGUCCGCUCCGUCCUCACUCCGGGAUCGGUUCUGAGGAAUUUUUGCCCGUCUCGCGGGUGACUUGGGUCACCUCCGAGUCUGGGUGGUUUUGUUUUAAUCUUUUUUCUGUUUUUUCUUUUCUUUUUUUUUUUUUUUUUAAAAACUCUCGUUCCCUCUUGUUUGUGUUGUGUGUGGAAAUGGCGAACUCGGCAAACACAAACACUGUGCCUAAAUUAUAUAGGUCUGUGAUUGAAGAUGUCAUUAAUGAUGUACGAGACAUCUUUCUGGAUGAUGGAGUGGAUGAACAAGUCCUGAUGGAACUGAAAACUUUAUGGGAGAAUAAAUUGAUGCAGUCCAGGGCAGUAGAUGGAUUUCAUUCAGAAGAGCAGCAGCUUUUACUGCAAGUUCAGCAGCAGCAUCAACCCCAGCAGCAGCAUCACCACCACCACCACCACCAGCAAGCUCAACCUCAGCAAACAGUACCUCAGCAGGCACAGACUCAACAGGUCCUUCUUCCUGCAUCACAGCAAGCCGCAGCACCACAAGUUAUUGUUCCUGAUUCUAAGUUGAUACAGCACAUGAAUGCGUCAAGCAUUACGAGUGCUGCUGCUACAGCUGCCACCUUGGCGCUCCCCGCAGGUAUGACUCCUGUCCAACAGAUACUAACAAAUUCAGGCCAGCUUCUUCAGGUGGUCAGAGCAGCCAAUGGUGCUCAGUAUAUCUUUCAGCCUCAGCAGUCAGUUGUUCUCCAACAACAGGUUAUACCACAGAUGCAGCCUGGUGGAGUACAAGCUCCUGUUAUACAGCAGGUUUUAGCCCCACUUCCUGGAGGGAUUUCACCACAGACAGGUGUCAUCAUCCAGCCGCAGCAAAUCUUAUUUACAGGAAAUAAAACUCAAGUUAUACCUACGACAGUGGCAGCACCCACACCCGCACAAGCACAAAUAACUGCAACUGGCCAACAGCAACCACAGGCCCAGCCUGCUCAGCAACAAGCUCCAUUGGUGUUGCAAGUUGAUGGAACUGGGGAUACAUCUUCUGAAGAAGAUGAAGAUGAAGAAGAAGACUAUGAUGAUGAUGAAGAGGAAGAUAAAGAGAAAGAUGGAGCUGAAGAUGGGCAGGUGGAAGAAGAGCCCCUCAAUAGCGAAGAUGAUGUAAGUGAUGAGGAAGGACAGGAGCUCUUUGACACAGAAAAUGUUGUUGUAUGCCAAUAUGAUAAGAUACACAGAAGUAAAAAUAAAUGGAAAUUUCAUCUCAAGGAUGGCAUUAUGAAUCUUAACGGAAGAGAUUAUAUAUUUUCCAAAGCCAUUGGAGAUGCAGAGUGGUGAAGAGUUGCUUCUUUUCCUUUUAAACAAAACAAAGUGAACUUUAAAAAAAAUUAAAGUGGACGGUUUCAAACUUGGGACAUAUAUCAACCAAAACUUCACUUCUGCAUGUCAGAAAGUGCAGUGAAGCAGAGCUACUGGAACAAAGACAGACCGCGACAGCACAGACACUACUUCUAACUGGCAAGCCAUGGAACUGUAGCACCAGGGGUUUUUGGGGUGGGGGGUAGGGAUUUGUGUAGGAAAACCGUUAACUGUCAGUUUUAAAUACAGGAACCUGCCAUUGGUAACUAGCAUGUAAAGCUUUGUCUAUAUUCCUUCCUCCAACUUGGGCUCAAUCAGAAGACACUUGUUGGAAUGAACUGAAGACACUUUCCUUUUGAUAGAUUGAACUGAAACUGCUUAUUGUAUGUGGUUAUAUUUGGUAAAAAUUGCGUGUGAGCUUUUUACAAAAGGGCAAGAAUUAUGGUGUUGAAUUUUAAUUCACUUGUAAGAGAAACAAUUUAAAACUCAUAGGUCUUAAAUAUUUUUACUUGUUAUUCUCCCUCAUUAAUAUAUACCUCUUCCUUCCCUGCUUUAUGAAACAUCUCUUUAAAAUUAAAAGAAAAUUAUCAGUGACCACAGUUUGGAAACAGAGAUUGACCCAGGAAUGGAUGUCUAUUUUGAUUAGGUUUUCACACUUGUUAAAUGUAAUUUAAAGACUUGGGGCUUAUCUUUGUUGAGUAGAAUUAAAAUGACAACUUACUUUCCAUAAAAGUUGUGUUCAUUCCCACACUUUAAAAAGAAACCCCAAAUUGGCUCCUCAGGAAUACGUUCCUAUUUCACAAAGCUGCCACCCAGGUGAAAUUGUGUAUUAUACUUGACAUGUGAAGGUUUUUCUUGUUGGCUCAAGUGUGUGCUUACAUAUGCAUUCAGUCUUUGCAUAAACAUGAGAGGAUAUUCUGUAUGUUGAUGAAGCAUAAAGGCAGGUGGUGAGGACCUGGAUUUUUUAUUAAACAAUUAAGUAAUUAUAAAAAGUUUCUUGUGUUUACUAGUAAAGGAUUUUAGAAUUUAUUAUUUUAAUUAAAUUUUUUAAAAACAACUUUGUAAUUUGAAGGGAAGGUGUGGGGGUGGGGAGGAGGGAAGGUGGGCCACUAAGUACAUUUUACCUCUUGGAUUGGAUGGUCCUUUCAAGCCGUUGAUGUAGACUUGGGCUCCAGUUUGCACACUGGAAAGAAAGAAGAGAAAUUUGACUUGUAUAUUAAAACUGAAAGACACUUACUGUGUCCAUUAGGAACAUGUAGCUCUAUUUCUAUGAGGAGCUCUAAGAACAACAUGGCACUGCUGUGUUCGUGUACGUCCACCGCCCGGAACCACAGCAGCGCUUGCCUUCGCCUUCGUGUUCUAGUGACCAAUUUGACUUCACUUGGUUUUCUUGACAAAAUCUGCAUUCAAGUUAACUUGUGUAUUGAUACUUUUUUUUUUUUUAAUUUUGGUCUUCCAUUUUUGUCUUCCUUUGAUUUUAUAUAAUUCCAGAAGUAACAAAUACUUUGAAGUGUAUUACAAAGGGAAAAACUGUGAGUUACAUAGAGUGCUUUUGUAAGCACACAUUUUAAAAGGUCUCCAGAAGGCUGGCUUUCUUUCCCAUCCUCUCACUUCUCACCUCACUUCAACCAAUUUAUGUUCUGAAGUUUGGUAUGAGUGCUGGUGUCUAGCACCCUAGUGGUUAAGUUUUGCUUGUAUGCCGUAACUGGUAAUACAGCUUUCAUUUUUACUAGUCGUUUAGCUUUUGGGGGAAGUUCAUCUAUCGUUUGCGCAAAGCACACACAGUACUGUUGCUUAUUAAGACUGGGAGCAUGGAGGGAGUAGAAUCACAUGAGCCCCACUGCUCAGUUGUCCCUCAGUAGAGUCGCUAAUGGGUUUCUGUUUACUUGAAGAAGCAGUCUGACCUGAACUACCUAUAGAAGUUUAGCAGUGCUGCAGGGUUGCUGCAGUGAAUCUCUUGCUCUAAGUUCUUAUGCUGCUGAAGCUUGGAUUACUGUAUGAUACUCAGCUCAUGUCUUGGGCCCUCUAUAGGCAAGCCUAUUCAUAGUAGCAUUGUAUACUGGCCUGUUUUUAUAGCUAUAUUUUCAAAUACGAACAACCACUUCUUUCUGAGUGACUCAUGAGGGCUAUUUUGAAGCAGGAAGUGACUAUUUGUAUUUGCACCUGUGUGUUGCCUAUUAAUUAUGGCACACUAGGCAAAUGCUUCUGUAUGUGAAAACUCUGAAAGCUGGUCCAAACAACACUGCAUACCAAACUGUGCUCUUAUAUGCUAUUAUGUAGUGUUCUUUUUUAAUCAAGUAGCAUGUUUUUUAUUAUACUAGCUUUUAUAGUAUGCCACUUUGUUUUGAAUUCUUAAUCAUGCUUUUAACCUAUUUAACAAUUUUUUUCAUUAGGUUCCAUUAAAAUGUCAUUACUUUGAAAAGGCAAGGGAUUCCCACUUGUGGAAUUUUAAGAUGAAAGUAGCAUGUUUAUCUAAAAGGAGAAAAUAGUUCAGACUUGGAAAUACAAAUAAGCAGUGGUUCCAGAAGGCGAUCUCUUUAGAUUUGCACAAAUGGUGAUGGCACCUUUUACAUAAAAUCACAUUAAUAGUGCUAAGGUAAAUUUCACACAAAAUGACUGAAGUGGAAAUGUGUGCCUUUCGGUAUCUGAACUCUUGCUUGGUGGUCAUUUGCAUAAGCGUAGCACUUAACUGCCCGCGAGCACAUGUCAUUUCUGUAGAGUGCACCCGUGGCUGAUGUAACUCUGUAAUGUGCAGUUUCUAGAGUAAAAUGUCUGUGAUAUGAGGGGGAAUCUUUGUAUUGGGCUUUUAUAUUCUUGAAAUGUUCACAGUUCUGUUAAACACAUGUCACAUUUAACACUGUUGCCUUUUUAAAAGUCAAAGCCACUGAUGUAUAUCGCAUCAAGGUUUGCGCAGUGUGUAUAGUGAUAAAAAUGUAUUCUUGACAAGCGUAAUAGAUUUUGGUUUUGGAAGACAAGAACUUAAGAAUAUAGCUUUUGUAUAAAGACUUUCUUUUGCUAUAUUAAAAAUCAAGGAUCUUUUUUUGGUUUGGGUGGCUUUUAUGGAGGAAUGUAGAGUUGUCGCCCUCUUAAGAAUAUUUUUUAUCUCAUAGCAAUAAUGUCACCAUAUUACAGAGGGUAAGUAUUUCUUGUAUAAGAAAACAGACACAAUAUGCUCUUAGGACUUUUCCCUUUAUAGCAGCAUUUUCUUCCACUUGAGAAAGUUCUUAUAUUUUCUGAUGAUUUCAUCUUGAACUUUUGAGCUUUUGUGCAAUGUACUAUUUUAUUGAUCUUUGUACCUUUUCGUUUCAUGUUUCCUACCUAUCUGAAUCAGCCAUAGCACAUUUUUUAAUUUUUUGCUUAAAAACAGUUGUUUUAUAUGUUUUCUCGUGGGUUUAUGUUAGGUUUGCAUUUUAAUCUCUUACCCUAUGGAAAUUAUUCUGAAGUUUAUAUUCUUCCCCUCUGAAGCCUGCCUCUGUCUUUUGUCAUCUUUCUUGCAUGAUUUAAGGAAGAACACAUCAAAUUUAAUAUUUUUGUUUUAUUUUGAGAAACAAAAACUUCUUCCCUCUUCAGGGAAAAACAAACACUGAGUGGGUAACGACUCAUUUGGUCAAGUUUCCUUAAGUCAGUCCAGUAUAUACAGGGCUACAGCUGAGGAGGACCUAAUCCUUGGCUGUCCUGAGCUACUGUUGUCAACUGCUGUUGUACAUACUGUUAUGUGUAAGGGCGUAAAUAUAUUUAUUAUGUUUAUAAAAUUGAUUCUGUACAAUUGCAGAUCAAGGUUACGCUUAAUGUGAUCUAUGGGAUGUUACGUUUUAAAGACCACCUUGGAAUACGAUUUAGAGAGCUUAGUAUAUUGAUGUACUAAGACUAUUUUAAGUUUAAUAUUUUACCUUUGCAAAAACUUUAAUUAAAGAUGUUAUUUAAAAAAGUAAUGUUGCUUGCUUUGCUUACUAGUCUGUGACAUUGUUAUAUGGAUAACCAAAUAAAAUUACGCAGUUUAGAAAGGAAAUGCUUGACCAUGUUCAUGAGGAUAAGUUUAACAAAAACAAGGGAAUCAUUCUUUGUUGGGAUGUCAGAUGGAAUUGCUAAACUGUGUUACAAAUCCAUAAGAGCUUUUAAAAGUUGUAUUUUCCAGGCACACAGGCUUUUAGGAUGGGUAAAUUCACACUAACUAAAUGUAAAUUGAAAUUAAUGUAGUUAACAUUGUAUUAAAUAUUUCUACUCCAAAGCAUAGAUUACAUAGGAUAAAAUUAUUCAAGAAUAUUAUUGUUUUAUUUCUUUGGCUAAAACUGUUUUCUCUUAGUUCAGAGUUUGUAAAUAAUUGCUUAUUAGGAGAAUUGGGAUUAUUAAGGUUUGUAUUACAUAUUGAAUAUAUUUUGUGUUAUUUUAGAAGAUAUUAAAUUACUAGCAGUAUUUUGAUUUUAUAGUUAAUUCAAACGAAUCAUUAAGAGCUUGCCUUUUUGUAAUUUUUUAUCCUGUUACAGACUACUUUAUCUAGGAAACAUGCAGAUUUUAACUAUUAAAAUCAUAAUAAAGAUAUUUUAUUUAUUG